UGUGCUUGUUUGUUAAAACUAUAGUCUGUAGAAACUAGAAAGGACAGUUUCAAAAAAAAAACUAGAAAGGACGGUGCUAUGUUCCUGUCUAACUGUCUCUUUCUCUGAAUAUUUUGUUGAGAACUUGUUCCUAGCAGAUUUGAAAAUUCUGGAGAGGAGAUAGAUGGCAGCAGUACAGCCUAUCACAUGAUGGGGAAAAGGAGCCUAGAGAAGAACAUUUGGCUUGAGCUGGAACGUGAGGGAUUUCUUCUACUGAAUGGGCUUGACCAACAAGGACAUAGAAGCACUCUUGGGUGGACAUACUAUGGAGAGAAGCUCGUAUGGAUAGCUCGGGAUUCGACUUGGACAAAAGAUCCUCUGAAGUUUCAUAACUCCUACUUCAUGACGCGUUCUUCACGGACUACGCGAAGUCGCACAAGAAGCUUUCCGAGCUCUACUUUACUGGCGUGGACAUGCAGAGACAGAGCCAAGAGGGCUGUCAUAAGAACUACCACUGGCUUCACAGUUGCGGUUGCCAUCUUUGCCUACACUUACAUCUUUGAAUCAAAGAGGAGACACUAUGGUUAGACUGCAAGUCUCCAUGUUUAGAUGAUUGCAAUUCAGUUAUGGGUUCUGAUGAACAAAGUUAAUCGUCCAUUGAGAUG